GUUUUACAACAUGGCGCCAAUUUUAAUGACUUUCACUUUUGUAAUUAUUCUUUAUUUUAUUUCGAAAUGAACUCGUUCUACAACAGUUUUUAGUCGUUGAAUAAUGCAUCCAAGAAACAAAUAUUAUAAAAAUCCUGCAGACUUUGGAAAACUGGGAGAAAAAUGUCCUGAAUUUCGCAAAUAUUUGCUGGCAACAUCAUCUGGCUAUACUAUCAAUUUCAAAGAUCCGAAGGCUCUGAGGGAAUUAACUGUAUCUUUACUUCAUCAUGACUUUGGAUUGAAUGUUGAGCUACCUCUAGAUAGACUCAUACCCACUGUGACAUUAAGAUUGAAUUAUAUUCACUGGAUUGAGGAUUUACUUCAGAUGCUGCCUGCGGGAGACAUGUGCCAGACUACAGGUAUUGAUAUUGGUGAGUAAUGCCCUCGUCAAAUGAGGAUGAAAGUCAAUGAGAGUUGUCUUGGUCAUGUUUGACUGCCAACUUGUAUUGACUCUUGACAGCAAGUCUUGUUCUCGU